AUGUGGAUAGUGAUUGCUUCUACUGAGAGAUCCAAUCAUUCCCACCGUAAUCCCCAAAACAAUGGUUUGAUACCUGCUGACGAUUGUUUUGUUGCCAGUACUCCCCAUCCGACCACUUCAAACCCCAAGUCAGCAACGGCUUGGACCAGCAGCACCACAAGGCAAGUCAUCCCCCUCUCUCCCAGCACCUACUCUCAAAUGAUGAAACCUGCUUCAUCGAUCGUCCGCUCGAGAAGCUUUCUGUGGCUCGGGUAUGGUAUAAGGUCUGAGCGAUCGUUGAGGCCAUCGUCGCGAGGAGGUAUCGCCCGUCAACGAGCCCUUCAUGGACUCGCAGGGCUGCCACCGUUGAUGAAGACGAGAGCUGCGCGUUUUAGCAAAGCCUUGUGUCUGAAACUCACAAUUCCUCCUCCCUGCUCGACCGCCAGCUUUCAACGAUCUCCUGCUGACAGCUUUCGGUACAGGACUGAUCGACCAUUAUCCACCACGACCCUGAAGGCAGGUCUCUCCUUUCCUCUCCCCCUUCCUUUCAUGACGACAACUGCUCCACCCAACACCCGCUCGAGUGUGCCAGCGCCGAGCAACAGAAAGGGCCAAGGGUGGAACGCUCAGAGUUGGCGACAUGCUCGUCACCGAAGAACUUAUACGUACGUUGGCUUCGCAGGGCUGCCGCUUGUUCCAACGACCGCAGAGCUCAUCACGACCAAAAACUCAAGGCAAGUCUACCUCUUCCUCUCCAACCCCACUCCCAGCAUGAUGACAAAUGCUCUGCCGAGUGUAUGCUCGAGUUCGUCGAACCCGGGUGCACAGAAAGAAACAGAGAUGGAGCUUCGUGAAUAA